UAAAACUGCCCACAAUUUUUUAUAAAGCAGCGUAGGUCUUUAUAAAACAAUAUUAAAUAAAAGAAACAAUAAAUAGAUAUAGGUAAAACAAAAGAAAUGUUUACCAAAUUUAGUGAACAUAAUAUUUAAAUUGCAUUUUAGCAAUAAUUGUGUCAUACCAAAAACAAAAAGAGGUUCACCUUGAAGUCGUAAUUGUAUUAAAAUAGUUCUGAAACGAAAACAUUCAAAAUAGACUUUGAGUAAUGAGUUCAAAUUAAAAAGAAAAAAAUAUCGAUUUAUUAAACUUUAUUUAAUCAAUUUUUACUAUUUUGACGAAAAAAAAAUUUAAUAUUUAAAAUUUUUUUUGAAAACAUAAAAUUCAAAUUUUUUGGAACGGAAAUAAUGAGUUCAUCGAUCAUUACUAGAAACGAAGCACAAAAGGCGAAAAUUCAAACUCGUGCUACAGUUAAAGCUAGACAACCAAACGCAGCGUUACUUGAAGCAAAAAAACGUGGAAAAUUAUUAAAAAUGAUGGAGUCUCAAACAGAACAGACCACAUCAAUUAAGGAUAUAUACCAAAAAGCACUUGAUUUUAAGAAAAUGAUUCGCUCAGAAACUGGUAUUAUAUAUGACGAAAGAAUGGUAGAACAUAGAUGCCUGUGGGAUGAAAAUCAUCCUGAAAAACCAGAGCGUUUUAUAAGAGUAAUUGAAAGAUGUAAGGAAUUAAAAUUAAUAGAACGUUGUCAACGAAUUCCAUCAAGAAAAGCAACAAAAGAGGAAAUUUUAAUUAAACAUACCGAAGAACAUUAUGAAAAAUUAAAAUCCACUUCAGAAGGAAAAAAUGAAACUGAACUUGAGAAUUUUAGUUCCAAUUAUGAUUCGAUAUAUUUUCAUCCAUCUACUUUUGAACUAUCUCUUUUGGCAACUGGGUCAACUAUUGAUCUCGUGCACAAUAUUGUAAAAGGAAAAAUACAAAAUGGUAUGGCUAUUAUAAGACCUCCAGGACAUCAUGCUAUGAAAUCUGAAUUUAAUGGUUACUGUUUCUUCAAUAAUGUGGCAGUUGCAGCGCAAUAUGCUUUAGACAAAUUGAAACUUCAAAAAAUUUUAAUUGUCGAUUGGGAUAUACAUCAUGGACAAGGAACUCAGAGAUUAUUUUAUGACGAUCCAAGAGUAUUAUAUUUUUCAAUUCAUCGAUUUGAAUACGGAACUUUUUGGCCGAAUUUAAAGGAUUCAAAUUUUGAUUUUAUUGGAGCUGGAGAAGGUUUAGGUUAUAAUUUUAAUUUGCCCUUGAAUGACAAAGGCAUGCAAAAUGGUGAUUAUAUGGCAAUAUUCAAUCAAAUAUUACUUCCUGUUGCAGUUGAAUUCCAGCCAGAGCUCAUAAUUAUUUCUGCUGGAUAUGAUGCUGCUUUAGGAUGCCCAGAGGGUGAAAUGGAAAUUACGCCUGCAUUUUAUCCUCAUUUACUCAAUUCGUUAUUAUGCUUAGCUCAAUCUCGUGUAGCUGUGAUAUUGGAAGGUGGUUACUGUCUUGAAUCAUUAUCGGAAGGCGCUGCAUUGACUUUACGAUCACUUUUGGGUGAUCCCUGCCCUUUGAUAGACAAAAUAGAAGCACCAUGUGAAUUAGUACAAGAAGCAAUUUUAAAUUGCAUUUAUGCUCAUCGUCCAUAUUGGAAAUGUUUACAAAUUCAGAAUACUUAUACACUCGAAGACUUAAACAAUUGUAAUCCACAACCAGAUCUUCAUAAAGUCACUGCUUUAUUUAAAUGGAAUGAGCCAGUUCCAGAGAAAUUUCCUACAAGAGGAUGUUAUCCGAUUCAAGAUCGUUUAGUUGAACGUUCGAUUGAGAGUAGAUUGAGACAACUAAAACUAUCAACGAAAUUAACAUUCCCAAAAACUCGAGUUUGCUAUGUUUAUGAUGAUUUAAUGUUAGAACACACAAACAACUUUGAAAAAGAUCAUGUUGAGCAACCAGAUAGAAUAAAAAUCAUAAACGAAAGACACAACGAAUAUGGGUUAUUGAAAAGAAUGCAAAAACUAAAAUCAAGAUAUGCUACCACCGAUGAAUUAAGUUUAGCUCAUACCAAAACAUAUAUUAAUUCCAUUAAAACGGCUGUGGAGAAAGAUGAAGAUUUGAAAAAUCUUGGCAACUCAUAUAAUUCAGUUUAUUUUCAUACAAAAACUUUUGAAUGUGCUAAAUUAGCAGCUGGGUCUGUAUUACAAGUUGUUGAUAAUGUAUUAAACGGCAACGCAAGGAGUGGUGUUUGCAUUGUAAGACCUCCUGGUCACCAUGCCGAAAAUGAUCAUCCUCAUGGUUUUUGUAUUUUUAAUAAUGUUGCAAUAGCAGCACAAUAUGCUGUCAGUAUACAUGGACUAAAAAGAGUUCUAAUUGUUGACUGGGAUGUACAUCAUGGUAAUGGAACACAACAUAUUUUUGAAUCAAGCUCUAAAGUCUUAUAUAUAAGUGUUCACCGUUAUGAUAAUGCAUCAUUUUUUCCUAAAAGUACUGAUGCUAAUUUUACAGAAGUAGGACAAGGUCAAGGAAUCGGUUUUAAUGUUAACAUUCCUUGGAAUAAGAAAGGAAUGGGAGAUUUUGAAUAUUCUCUUGUUUUUCAAAAUAUAAUUAUGCCAAUUGCAUAUGAAUUUAAUCCAGAAUUGAUAUUAGUAUCUGCUGGCUUUGAUGCUGCAAUAGGUGAUCCUUUAGGUGGUUGUAAAGUUUCACCUGAAGCAUAUGGUUGUUUUACACAUUGGUUAUCAGGUUUAGCUAAUGGCAAAAUUAUUUUAUGCUUGGAAGGUGGUUAUAAUGUCAAUUCAAUUUCAUAUGCAAUGGUAAUGUGUUCUAAGGCAUUAUUGGGUGAUCCAUCACCCAUAUUAAAUAUAAAUUCAAAUAAAACCGCCGCGUAUACAAGUUGCAUUGAAACUAUACAAAAUGUUAUAUAUAUACACAAUAAAUAUUGGAAAAGAUUAAAAUUUAAUAAAAAAUUACCUCCAUCACAAAAUCAAAAUAAAAUAAAAGAUAUUGAAAAAUUAAUGGACGAUAUGAGAAUUGACAAUAAUAUAAAUAAAGAUGAACAAGAACACCAAGAACAACCCGGUCCAAGUAAACCAAUUGAAAAAGGGCAAACUUUAACAGAUUUUCUAUUAGAAAAUCAACAAGCAUUACAAAAUGAGGAAAUGUUUGCUGUCAUACCAUUAAAAAAUUGCCCACAUUUAGAAUUAUUAAAUACUGGUGAUAUUCCAGAAAGUAUAGAUACUAAAGCAGAAUGUGAAAAUUGUCAAUCAUUACAAGAGAAUUGGUUUUGUUUACAUUGUAAUAAAAUCUAUUGUGGACGUUAUAUUAAUGAGCAUAUGUUAUUUCAUCAUUUAGAAACAGAACAUCCAUUGGCAUUAAGUUUUUCUGAUCUUUCUGUAUGGUGUUAUAUAUGUGAAGCAUAUAUUGAUAAUUCAAUAUUACAUAAAUAUAAAAAUUUAGCACAUAAGAAUAAAUUUGGUGAAGAUUUAGUUUGGUCAUAUGGUAAUGAUGAUACAAUUUAUUUAGAUGACGAUGAUAACUGAUAUUUACUAAAUUUUAUUUUAUUUUUAUUUUUUGUUAUGUACUUUUGGAAUGAAUUUGACAUAAUUUUUUAAAUGAAAAAUUUAAUUUUAAAUAUCUGUACUUUUUAUAAUAUAUAAUAAUAAUUGUUUGAGUUCUUGUGAAUAAUCUACAGGUAUUCCUCGAAUAAUUCAGUAAUCAGUCGCGAAUAUUAAAUUUGUUGGAAAUGUACAAAUUCGCAUGAAUUUUGAAUUCUGUUACCUCAGUUUUUCAAUUGUAAUUAAUUUUUUUUUUUGAACAGUAAAAGAAUCGCAUUAUUCGAGGAAAAUCUCUUUGUGUUUCUAAUUUUGUUAUGUUGUAUUUUUACAUUUUGUAUAUAAUAUACUUAUAAUUAUUAAUAUUAUAUUUUUUGACAAAAUAAUUUCAUUAAAAUUAAUAUUGAAAUUUAUUUGCUAAAUUUUUGUAAGAAUAAAAAAAUACAAGUAAAUUAAUAUUAAACCAAAAUUAUUCUUAACUUAUUUUCUAAAUUUAGAAAAUGUUGACUA